AUGGAAACUGCACAUUUUUCCGAAGGGAUGGAGAAGCUGCUGGAGGUUUGGUUCUCCCAGCAGCAACCUGAUGCAAACCAAAGAUCUGGGGAUCUUCGCACUAUCCUGAGGUACUUAUAUCUUCUGGAUUUCCCAGAGAGUGGAGUAAUCAGUCAGCCAGAUCAGACCCUGGAAAUUCUGAUGAGUGAGCUUGAUCCAGCAGUUAUGGAUCAGUUCUGCAUGAAAGAUGGUGUUACUGCAAAGGAUGUCACUCGUGAGAGUGGAAUUCGUGACCUGAUACCAAGUUUUGUCAUUGAUGUUCAAUCUUUGUGGGUAAUCGAUGGAUGGAAUAAAUUGGAUGGAACUUAUUGGACUAUUCACAUCACUCCAGAACCUGAAUUUUCUUAUGUUAGGUUUGAAACAAACUUAAGUCAGACCUCCUGUGAUGAGCUGAUCAGAAAAGUUGUGGAAGUCUUCAAGCCAGGAAAAUUUGUGACCACCUUGUUUGUUAAUCAGAGUUCUAAAUGUCGCACAAUGCUUGCUUCGCCCCAGAAGAUUGAAGGCUUUAAACGUCUUGAUUGCCAGAGUGCUAUGUUCAAUGAUUACAAUUUUGUUUUUACCAGUUUUGCUAAGAAGCAGCAACAACAGCAGAGUUGAUUAAGAAAAAUGAAGAAAAAA